AGUUCCUAUGCCCAAUUGGGUUGGCGCAGACUUAAACGGCGUCUAAAGACCGGUGAAAAUAACAAAGGACCUUGUUGGCUCCAGAAAUCACUAAAGGAGAGCACCUUGAGAAUAAACAAGUUGAGUCUUGUUCUUUAAGCAGCCUACUGUUCAGCUUGUGUAUUAGGAUAGUCAGCCGAGUCCUUUGGAACUUGGUGGACGUGUCUGUAUGAUCUUGAAGUAUUCGUUGGGUUGUUCCUAACACUCACAUACUACGUCUAUCUGAACUCUUAUCAUGUUCGAUAUAAUGAAACAAAGGGAAAUAUGUAAUCUUGGAGACAGUUUAUAUAAAUUCAUCAAAUCCAGUCAUGAGAACGAAUGAUCAAGCACGCAAGCACGCCUCUGUACACCGACAAACUCGCACCAGCAUCUUACCUCUAACCAACUGGGCAACGACAACCUUUUUCGACAGCUCUUUCGAUCACUCAACCCAGAUGCCUAUCACCGAAACCUUCUUCCCGGCAUUCUUGCAAGCCUGUGACGAUUAUCCUCACGAUAUUCUGGAUAUCCAACUCACGUGUGGAAUCUGCCACGAACAGAUGACAUUCAAAGAUGAAGAUGAUCAUCGCCUCCGUGCAUUUGUCCUCCCUUGCAUGCACAUCUAUUGUAACGGAUGCGUAGACGCGAUGGUGGCUCACUGCAAGAACGAUGAGAAGUCCCAUUAUGUUUGUCCAUCAUGCCAUAAAUGUCUGCAUUGUGAGGAUUGCCCAAGCCCCUCCAAGAAGGGCAGUCUGAUUCACAUGGAUGGCGAAAAGUCAAUUGCGCUUAUAGAAGACAUCCUCAAGGUGUGGCAUAAACGGGGGCACUGCUUCGAUUGUGAUGUGGGUUUGUUGGCAUCCUGGCUGCAAGUACUGGUGAAGGUAUGGCAGGAUUCCCCUGAAUUGGCCGACAAUGGACAGAUUCUGAGAAUGUCGGUCGAGUAUGAAGGUAAGACAUGGGGUGAUCCCUCACAAUAUAUCGACUGUAAGCUCGUUGAACAGCAGUCGUUACCUAUACAUCUUGAGGUACCCCUCAAGAUAAUUGAGAAGGACCUGCUAGAGGCGCAUGGCAUUGCGGUGCCCGCUGGCUCAACGGCUUUUAAAUAUGAGCUUCGUGCCUACGAACCGAGAAACAAAAAGCAUGAGGUUCUUGUGUGGGAGAGAAACCAUUUCGAACAGACGGAGCAGGAUAUGCGAGACCAUUGGGGCGGUAACCGGAAACUUAUGCUUUUGGGCCUUGCUUUCGAUCUGCGCGAUGUUUGGUCAGAUGAGAAUGUUCGAAAAAAGAUAUAUGAGCGAGCAGAGCGUGAAAGAGAAAGUGUCUUUCAGAGAAUAGAGGACAAUGAAGUUGAAGAGGUGGACGUAGAAGAUGGAGAUGAUGGAGAUGAUGAAGAUGAGUUGCCAGAUGUGUACAUAGUUUGAAGAAAAG